GUGACGUCUCUUGACGUCAGCGUUGGGUCUUCUCCGUCGAGAAGACCUUUUUUGAGAAGGGAGUUGUUCGAGCCGUAAGGGGCUGAACGGAGCGUGCUCUGUCCACGACUACCAGGGCAGCUUCCAGGGCCAGGCAGCACGCUUCAAGAUGACCUCGGUCUGCGGCCACGUGCUGAGCCUGGACUUCAUCGGGAAGUACAACGACUGGGACAAGGUGGACCCGGCGGAGCUCUUCAGCCAGGCCCCCACCGAGAAGAAGGAGGCCAACCCCAAGCUCAACAUGGUCAAGUUCCUCCAGGUGGAGGCCAGAGGGUGCGACUAUGUCGUUCUUUGGUUGGACUGCGACAAGGAAGGAGAGAACAUCUGUUUUGAGGUCCUGGACGCCAUCGAGCCGGCGAUGAACGCGCCGCGCGGCCGCGAGCAGACGGUGUUCCGGGCUAAGUUCAGCUCCAUCACCGACACGGACAUCUGGAAGGCCAUGAGCCAGCUGGGGGAGCCCAACCGCAACGAGGCGCUGGCCGUGGACGCCCGGCAGGAGCUGGACCUCCGCAUCGGCUGCGCCUUCACCAGGUUCCAGACUAAGUACUUUCAGGGUAAAUAUGGGAACCUGGACUCCUCCCUGAUCUCCUUCGGGCCCUGCCAGACUCCCACCCUGGGCUUCUGUGUGGAGAGACACGACAAGAUCCAGUCCUUCAAACCCGAGACCUACUGGGUCAUCCAGGCCAAGGUGUUCAAAGGGAAGGACGGCCCUCUGACGCUGGACUGGGACCGGGGGCGGGUCUUCGACCGGGAGGCGGGCCAGAUGUUUGUGAACCUGGCCAAGACUUCCAGGGAGGCCCGGGUGGAGUCAGUGAGUAAGAAGGAGAAGGCGAAGCAGAGGCCCCUGGCCCUGAACACGGUGGAGAUGCUUCGGGUAGCCAGCUCCUCUCUUGGCAUGGGGCCGCAGCACACCAUGCAGGUCGCCGAGCGGCUCUACACCCAGGGCUACAUCAGCUACCCCCGCACUGAGACCAACCACUACCACGAGAACUUUGACCUCAAGGAGGUCCUGCUCCAGCAGACCAGCAACCCCAUGUGGGCCCAGGAGGCGAAGGCCCUGCUGGCGGCGGGUCUGAACCGGCCGAGGAAGGGUUCUGAUGCUGGAGACCACCCCCCCAUCACCCCCAUGAGGGCCGCGUCCGAGGCAGAGCUGGGAAGUGACGGCUGGCGCCUGUAUGAGUACAUCACGCGUCAUUUCAUGGCCACGGUGAGCGAGGACUGUAAAUACCUUCAGACCACCAUCGAGUUCUCCAUCGGGACGGAGGCCUUCUCCUGCAGCGGCAAGACGCUCAUCUCACCAGGUUACACGGCGGUGAUGCCCUGGCUGGGGAUCCCCCUGGAGGAGGCUCUGCCGGUUUGCGAGCGGGGAGACAUCUUCACGGUGGACGAGAUCAAACUGGUGGAGAAGCAGACCUGCCCCCCCGACUACCUGACGGAGGCAGAGCUCAUCACCCUGAUGGAGAAACACGGCAUAGGUACGGACGCCAGCAUCCCCGUGCACAUCAACAACGUCUGCCAGAGGAACUACGUCACGGUGGAGAACGGCCGCAAGCUCAAACCCACCAACCUGGGCAUUGUUCUGGUGCAUGGCUACUACAAGACAGAUGCAGAGCUGGUGCUGCCCACCAUCCGCAGUGCGGUGGAGAAGCAGCUGACGCUCAUCGCCUUGGGCAAGGCCAACUACCAGCAGGUCCUGCAGCACACGCUGGACAUCUUCAAGAGGAAGUUCCACUACUUUGUGGACUCGGUCGGCAGUAUGGAUGAGCUGAUGGAGGUGUCGUUCUCGCCGCUGGCUGACAGUGGGAAGCCGUUGUCUCGCUGUGGGAAGUGUCACCGCUUCAUGAAGUACAUCCAGGCCAAGCCCAGCCGGCUCCACUGCUCCCACUGUGACGAGACGUACAGCGUGCCGCAGAACGGCGUCAUCAAGCUGUACAAGGAGCUGCGCUGCCCCCUGGACGACUUCGAGCUGGUGCUCUGGACCUCCGGGGCACGCGGCAAGAGCUACCCGCUGUGCCCCUACUGCUCCAGCAACCCGCCCUUCAGGGACAUGAAGAAGGGGGUGGGCUGUAACCAGUGCACCCACCCGUCCUGCCAGCACUCGCUGGUGUCGCUGGGCAUCGGCCAGUGUGUGGAGUGUGAGGGGGGGGUGCUGGUGCUGGACCCCACCUCCGCCCCCAAGUGGAGGAUGGCCUGCAACAGCUGCAACGUCUUGGUGCACUUCUUCGAGCACGCCCACCGGGUGCAGGUGGCGCCAGAGAGCUGCGACGCCUGCGAGGCGUCCCUGGUUGCGGUGGACUUCAACAAGACGCGCUCGCCGCUCCCGGCGGGGGAGACGCAGCACACGGGCUGCGUGUUCUGCGACCCGCUGUUCCAGGACCUGGUGGAGCUGAAGCACGCCACCAUGAGGCACCCCAUGCACCGCGGGGGGGCGCGGCGGGGGCGGGGGCGGGGGCGCAGGGGGAACCCCAAGAAACCCAAGGACAAGAUGGCGGCCCUGGCGGCCUACUUUGUUUGACGCUUUCAGUUUACCCUCACUCGUUUAUAAUGAGGGACUUGUUUUUUGGAACUACACUUGUCACACUUUUUGUACUCGUUUGUUUAAUACAAAAGACGACCCUGUGUCUGUAUUUACUUUAAAUGCUAAUUAGUUUGUUAAUUAGCGUUAAUGAUGAAACGCUCCCUAGAGGCUGUGCGGCUGUGAAGGUCUGAUAAAGUCAUUAAAGUCAUCAG